AUGGCCACCAUCCUUCCUACUCAAGAAGCCGCGCUCAAGGUCAUUGCCGCUCGCGUCAAGAGACAGAGCAUGGAGUCAUCGGACCUAUCCACAGACGACAUCACGGACUAUCUCCGUAAGAUAUACGACCCAAAGAUGGUGUCAAGUCCUCGUUAUUUCUAUUCGCAGGAUGAGUACGGCAUGCCCAUCGCGAAGAUACCCAAUGCGAACAACUCCGGCGUCUUCUGCACAGUGGCGGAUUCGAACACCUUCGAAGCACGCGAUUGGAUGAAGGCGAAUAAGUUACCCAAGGAUUUCAGGGGUAGAAUAUGGCCACCUAAACGUCUGGCUCACCUCACUGGGUCUCCGCGGUUGAGCGACGUCUGCGUAGGAUGCGGACAAAAAGACAAGCCAUGCCCAAACGGAUCUUGUAGCCCACAGUCGAGCUCUGAUCGCGACCGCGAAUUCUGGCUCCAAAACAUCCUCCUGCGCCAAGUGGAAGACCGGGGCGUGGGAGCUUUCGCUCGUGAGGCUGUGCAGAGCAGCCUUGACAUUGGCGAGCUCGCUGGCAAAGUACUAACAAAGGGACAAGGAGCGCAAGACAGCAUUUAUAAUACGGAAAUCUCGAUUGGCAUUAGUCCGGGUGUCAAUCAUGCCUGGGUCGACUUGACGCAUACAGGUUCAGUGACUCGCUACCUCAAUCACAGCUGCGAGCCAAAUUGCGACUUCUACGAGGGUCGCUGCGGUGAACACUAUCGUCUCGUCUGGGUUUCAACGAAUCGAGCCAUAUCCAAGGGCGAGGAGCUUACUGUAAACUAUGGUCCUGAGUGGUUUAAGGGUCCCAAAGACCGUUGUCUUUGCGCGGCUUGUUCUACUAGUAAGAUCAAGACUGAGGAGGGUCCUCUCCGUACCUGUGAGGACUGCGAGCAAAAGAAGGGCAAGCAUUCUGGGCUGAGCGACAAUCAGCCAAUAUGCAAGGCCUGCAGACAGCGGGAAAAAGAUGCAAAUACCGUCUACACGUGCGUAGUCUGCGAGUUUGUCAAGACAGGCAGGUAUCAAGGGGGAAAAGCUCGCCCGAAAUGCCGUAAAUGUUGGGACCGCACUAAGGAUGAUGAAAAGGAAGAGGAGGGCGAUGCGGGAACUGCUGGUCCUGCACGCCAGACCGCGAAGACCAAGCGUCUGCACACAGAAGAUGACGAUUACGAGGAACCACCGUCGAGGAUGCGGAAGAAGCCCCGCAAGAAUUAG